CGGCUCCUCCCCUCACUUCCUCUCUCCUCCUCUCUCAAUAUCCCGGCUUAGCAUUGCCUUCAAAGUGAGAGGAGCGAGCAGGACCCAGAUUUUCCAGGAAUUCAGAGUACAAUGGCAGCCCAAUACUGCAGUACAAGUUCCAACUCCAGUGAACCCAGGACCAGCCAUGGGCUUGGAAACCAAGACCUCAGAGACUCACAACUGAGACUUGUCUUAGUGGGUAAGACUGGAGCAGGAAAAAGUGCAACAGGGAACAGCAUCCUCGGAAAGAAAGUGUUUCGUUUCAGCAUUGCAGCAAUAUCCAUCACCAAGUCAUGCGAGAAAGAGAGCAGCACGUGGCACGGGAGAGAAAUUGUCGUCGUGGAUACGCCUGGCAUUUUCGACACCGAGGUACAGGAUGCUGACACGUGCAAGGAGAUAGCUCGCUGCAUCCUCCUCACCUCCCCAGGGCCUCACGUUCUGCUCCUGGUGGUCCCACUGGGCCGUUACACGCGGGAAGAGCACCAGGCCACUGAGAAGAUCCUGAAAAUGUUUGGGCACAGAGCUAGGAGACAUAUGAUUCUCUUAUUCACCCGGAAAGAUGACUUGGAUGGCACUGACCUCCAUGAUUAUCUAGAAGAAGCUCCCAAAGGCCUUCAAGAGCUGAUGGGCGAGUUUGGUGAUCGUUACUGUGUGUUCAACAAUAGGGCGACAGGAGCUGAGCAGGAGGCCCAGAGGGCGCAGCUGCUGGCCCUGGUCCAUCACAUGGUGAUGGAGAACAAAGGAGGAUGCUACACUAAUAAGAUGUACCAAAGGGCAGAGGAGGAGAUUCAGAAACAAACCCAAGCGGUGCAAGAACGUUACAGAGCAGAGUUAGAGAGAGAGGUAGCACUGAUAAGAGAGGAGUAUGAAGAGAAAAUCAGAAAGCUGGAGGAUAAACUGGAGCAGCAGAAGAGAAAGGCACAAAUGGAGAGGGAAUUAGCAGAAAGGGAGGCUCUCUGUGCUUCACGGCAGCAAAAUGCCCGAGAUGAAGUUAUGAGUCAGACUAGGAUAAUUGAAUUAAUCUUCAGAGCAUUGGAGAUUGCUUCCUUUGUUUUCUCACAUCUGUUUAGGGAAGACUAAACUUAAUGAAACUCUGCUUAUAGUUCCUGCAUAUUUUCUGGGUGGCCCUGCCCCAUAUAACUCAUUGACCAAAGUCAGAGCACAUUGGUUUCUGUUGCUCAGGACUAAGGAGUGCAGAAUAGUUCACUGUUGGCAGCUGGUAGAUGUUGCAUAGAUUUAAUGGAGAGGGACAAAUUCUCAAUUUGUGAAACUUCAAAGCAGAGAGUAUUGAUGCUCCCUACCUUGUGAAUUCUUUCUCAGAGACACAGAGAAAAGGAAUGCAAGAGACCAAAGAAAAUGGCCCUGAGCUCUCUCUAUUUCUCCUCUAGAUUUUUUCCAGAUUGGCAGAUAAUCGCCCCCUGGAGCUUCUUCACACUUAUUUUUGCCUUUAGGAGCACAGUGAUCAUCUUACCCAUACAGUUUGUUAGAAAGAUCAGUUCUUUGCAUUAGUUAGUCUUAUAGAUGGAGAUGCUUAUAGAAUUCUUUCCAGAUGAAUGUAAAUUUGCUUAAUUCCAUUUUCACAAAAGGACUCAAAUUGUUCCUUAUCAUCUGUCCAUUGAAGUGUUGACAAAGAGUUGUCUGGAAAAUCGAUCUCUCAGAACUCAACUAGGUGAAAUGCCAGAAAGUGAGAAAGACAGAGAUUCAACAGAUAG